GUUUGAUAGCGAACCGUCAAAGUUGCCUCGCUCAAGGCAUUGACUCCUGGAGAUAUAUAAAGGAGGAUGUCCAGCAACUUAAGGUCAGUGCAUCUUCUCAGUCAGUCGCCUUGUCCAUAGAAGUCACUCCAUAGACUCUUCACCAGUUCAACAUUUAUCAUAUCCAACAUCACCCAAGAUGCGCUUCUCAUCUCUCCUCGCACCCCUUCUCUUCACUACCCCCAUCCUCGCCACACCCAACCCCAAACCCAAUCCAGAGCCACAGUUCGACCUUGAAAAUCUUGACCUUGCCAAAAUCAUGCAACUCAUUAACGCUGCGGGGCCACUGAUCGACCUUUUCUCUGGCAGUUCUGAAGGACUGGGUGGCCUGUCUGGACGCGAUACGGGAGGACUCGGAGAACUUUUGGGCAGUGUUGGGGGAAUAGGUGAUACGGUCGGGAAACUGGGAAACGUCGUCACGCAGGCUGAUGCACUGUUGACACCGCGGUUCGUCAACCAGACGCACAGCUUGAUUGACACGGCUAGUACGCUUUUGCCGUUGCUGCCGGGACUGAUUGGUGGACUUUUGCCCAAUGGUACGAGCCGCUAG